AUGCCAAUGCAACCUUUUUCGGAGAUAGACUUAUUUGAUGUUUGGGGAUUAGAUUUGAAGGAACCUUACCCAUCUUCUUGUGAUAACACCUUUAUCCUUGUUACCGUUGUUUAUGUGUCUAAGUGGGUUGAGGCUGUAGCAUUACCCUCAAGUGAUGCUAAAGUGGUUCUUAGAUUUCUCCAUAAGCACAUUUUUACUCGUUUUGGAACACCAAGAGCAUUCAUUAGUGAUGAAGGUUCCGAAUUUAUUGGUCGACAAGUAUUUAAUGCCUUGCAGCGUUAUAGAGUCAAACAUCAUAUUGCUACAUCAUAUCAUCCUCAAACAAAUGGUCAAGACAAUGUAUCUAACCGUAAAAUCAAGCAAAUCUUGGAAAAAUGGGAUGCUGUGUUGAAGAAAAUAUCAGCAGCAUUGGUCAAAGAUGGGAAAUUUGUCUUUUCGAAAUUUCUUACAAGUGUUCUUGUUGAUUUGGUUCAACCGCAUAUGUCUGGUGCUACUAACAGUUCUGAUAUCGUUAAGGAGAUCCCAACAACCAACACUGAUAUUAGAGUAGAUACCAUGGAAGCCGAGAUAAAAACUAAGGAAGAAGCCGAAGAGGAAGCAUCUAAGGAAGAAGAAGAUGAGGAGGAAGAUGAGAGACCACUGAGACAAUUAGCCAAUAGAAAAAAAACUACCAGCAAUGAGCAUACUACUGCAAGGCAGCUAUUGGAUUUAAAUACUAACACUAUUGCACAAGAUGAUGUAGCAACAGAGCAACAUGAGUUGGAUACAGUUAUACUUGUAACUAAUGUGCUUAAAGAUGUGAACCAAAUGGAGGCAGCUAGCCAGCUUGGAGACAUCGAUAUUGAUUUGGAGAUUCAACAAGCCACUGCGAGUCAUCCCAAGGGCUCAACCGAAGAGGAAGCAUCUAAGGAAGAAGAAGAUGAGGAGGAAGAUGAGGUUGAUUCAAAGGAUGUCAUUGUAGUUGGUUCUGACAAUGAUUAUCCUAUAGAUACCACCAAGACAAUUAGCCAAGAGAAAGAAAAAAAAGAAACUACCAGCAAGGAGCAGACUAUUGCAAGGAAGCUAUUGGAUUUGAAUACUAACACUGUUGCACAUGAUGAUGUAGCAACAAAGAAACAUGUGUUGGAGAUAAUCAUACUUGUAACUAAUGUGUUUAAGACUGUGAACCAAAUGGAGAUAGCUAGCCAGCUUGGAGACAUCGAUAUUGAUUUGGUGCAAAGGACUUUAUUGAAUAUUCAUAUUUUGUAA